AUGACAAAACACGCAGCACCCAAGAGUGAUCCCGUCGACAUUGAAUGCCCCUCAAAGUGCAUCAGGAGAAAUUGCACGCCAUCCGCACUAAAUGAUGCAGGUGCAUGGCAUUUUCUAGAACAGUACCUCCAGUCCAAUCUGGGCUACGCACAGAUGGAAGACGGAUUGAUAUUGUACCUUGGCAAACGAUACUGUGCGGAUGACUGGGCAGAAGCCAAGCUCGCAUUAUUUUCCAGUGAUGGCGAUGACGCCAAAGCGAUGGAAAACUUGGCCGCCCUGAAAAACAAAUAUAUAGUACCCAAGACCUCUUCAUCGAGUUUGGUGCCCACAGCUGCAUUCAGAUCAAAGUGGCGACGAUUGAAAAGUUGUAUCUUCGUCGACAGUAAAGCAGGAGAAGGUGGGGAGGAGGAAGAGGAAGAGGAAGAAUACGAGGCUGCCUGGUCUCCCAACACCAUCUAUAACAGAAUGUACCUGCUCAAUCUUCACAGAAGCGUUAUGGACUACAUUGCAGAAUAUCUUCAAAACAAAGGGUUCCCUGUUACUGUGUCACCCUGGGUACUGGGCCAGCUUUACAUGGUCUCAGAGAGUCCCCAGGCUAUUAGUUCGUCACUUCCGACCUCACACCAAUUCUCUGUGAAAGAUUAUUUUCUCAUCUUGGAUGAAGAACGUGCGGUUGUUGAACACUCACGAUUCCAACUGCCCAGCCCAGGGUGGGCAAGAAUAAAACACGGCAAGUACAAGAAUGCUAUAGGCUACAUUACCAGCUUGAAAUUGAAGGAUGGACAAUCUGGCCCUUUUGUCUCGCUCUUAGUUGCUUUACAGGACUUUCCAUAUGACAUGCCCAAAGGAUCUGUGGCACUGCUAGACCGAUCUCGCCUUCCGGCUGGCAAGGAGUUAUCUGACAUCAUUAUUGAUCAAAAAGUCACCGAAACUGCCCUUACAUCUUCGCUUCAGCAACAGGGGCAUGACACUCUUUCAGACCCACUAUUCAAUACAGCUUCCAUACUAUUUGGAUGGGUCGACUCCCAUGAUCUUAUGGCUCUCCUUGACAUGAGCCUUAAGGAGGGCGUGAUGCAGAUGCAGCUCCAACAAGAAGAGGAGAGAAAAAUGUAUCGAGCUCAAAUGGAAGUCUCGUUGUUCAGUAAUGCUAUUGCACACUUAUGCGAAGUGCUUGAUGCUAAAAUUCACUCGAUUGGCCAAAAGAAGCCACUUGUAAAAUGCCAUGCAUGGCUUCGGACAUUAUCGCCUGAAGACACUCUAGAGGUCGAAUCUCACGCAAACCGAACACUUUUUGGUUUUUCACAAACUUUAGAGGUUCCUGACCAUCACGAAUAUUUUCAAGGGCCCAAUGAUGUACUGAUAUCUUUGCCUCAUUUGUUGAAGAUUUGGGUGGAUCCUGUCACAUAUUGUGCAUACAUGAGCGCAUCAUUUGCGGAAAACAAGCCUCAACGCAUCGACAAUAGUGACGGAUUCACUCUGAAAGAGAACAAGACUCUAGAUGUCCUCAAGUCCAACAUACAUAUUUUGGGCCUGAAGAAGCAACGGGCACAGGCCGAAGUAGACAUGUUUUCCGAAGCCCUAGCACGGGUCGCUGAGUUCAAGGGUACUGAUGAUGGCACAUGUUCUGGAAGCACUGUGAUGUUUGCUUCUCUUCCAUCUGACACCCUUCCCGAUGAUUGGCUUGAUGAUUGCUUUUCAACUUCAUACACCUCUUUGAAUGCUUCUGUACUCCUGUGA